CUGAAGGAGCGCAAUGGCAACGCCAACGGGCUGCAGGCCAGAGCCGAGGGCCAUCGCGGCGUUGCGUCACACGGGGUACAUGCGGAGCGAGGGGCGAAGGUUCGGCGCCAGGCGGGGCCUCGCGUGGCUGCUGCACUGGCUCAUUACGCAGCGCAUCGCUGCUGCCAGGUCGCGACGAGCGCGCAGCCCAGAGAGAGAGAGAGAGAGAAACAGCCAGCGGCGGCUCUCGCAGAGAGAAAGAUAGAGAGAGAUAGGGGGGAUUGACUCGCCAAUGUAACGCUUCCUCUCUAUCCCUUGUCCUGUUGCUCGCUUUUGCGGAGGGGCGGAGCGGAGAGGGGGUCUCCGCGCGGCUUUGCUCUGUCUUGCCAACCAAGCCUGCUUCGUCUUUUACCCUCUCCUGUUCUUGGUCUCGGCGCUGGAACGGGACGGGGAUUGCCUUUCGGUGCGCCUGCGAAGGACGAAGCGGGCCGCUCUGGUUCCUAGGUGAGGUUUGGCCGACCAGUUGGUUUAGGCCAAGGAAGUGAAGAAGCAUGGGUACAACUGCCUCCAAGCAAGACUGCAACACCGCAUUGCAGCUCUGCAAGGGUCGUCUGAAACACAUUGAACAAGCAAUCGAUGCAAGGUAUGCCCUUUCGGCUGCUCAUCUGUCGUACGAGCAGUCUCUGCGCAAUGUCGGCGUUGCUUUGAGGCAGUUUGUGGAGUCACACCAUGAGGGUGAUCCGGACAAGUCCCCUCGCUCUUCGUCUGCUUUACCAUCCCCAUUGCCACCUGCAGACAAUUCUAAAAUUUCACCACUGAAAGUGCCCCGCCAUUCUGAUAUUAGUCGCUUGAGGUCAGAAGUAAGCCCAUCCUUGACAGUGACAGUCGACCCAAGUGAUGGUGAUGCUAGUUUUAUUAGAAAAGGGCAGCCCAUCCUGACUUCGGUUUCACCACCGUUGUCUCCGGAAUUUUGCCCCCCAUGGGAUUUCUUUGAACCAAAUGAUGUGAGUGAAAAUGUUGCCACCCAUGUCUCAGAGAACUGUGAGGCAACUUUGGAUGACUUUGGCCAUGUCGAUGGAAGGGGUCAAGCUUCCUCUAGUCAAAUAGCUGAGGUGCAAGAACAGUUGGGAACACAUGGAUGUAAAGACCUUGAUGACAAUUUUGACCAUCUUAAGUUGAAUCGCAAUGACUGUAGUGAAAUUGAGAUUGUUGAUACAGACUUACCAAAUGACUCAAACUUACACAAAGGACCUGAUCAAGUGCAGACACAGAAUGUGGAGGGGCAGAAUCCUACAUGUAUUACUGACAAUAGAAAAAACGAAGCCCAGUCUGUAGACAAGGUUAAUGUACCAAAAAUAUCUACUGAAAGGGAAGAAGAAAAGAGCAGUUCCAUCACCAGCGUAUCAAAAGAUUUUCUGUCUGAUGUGAAAGAACUCGAGCGCCAAUUUGCUCGGGCAGCUGAGUCUUGCCAUGGGGUCUCAAGGAUGCUUGAGACAAGGAAGAUUCGACUAAGCUUUUCAACCAAGAUAACAGGGAAACCGUCGUGUGCACUUUCUCUGUCAUCAUCCUUGCUCUGCUGCAAUGCUGGAAAUGUAGCUUCCCAUGAAUCAGAGCAGCAUGUCACGAAAGUGAUCGCUUGGAAUCGCUCACUUUCAUCACGAUCUUCAUCAUCUAAGAAUCCACUAUUUUCAGUUCAGAAGGAUGAUGACCCUCCAGAAAGCAUUAGCGAUUUUGUUGAAGAGUUUUGUAUGAUUUCAGGAAGUCAUGCAUCCUCUUUAGAUAGACUCUAUGCUUGGGAAAUAAAGAUUUAUGAUGAGUUAAAGAAUAUUGAAUCAAUCGAGCAGAUAUAUGACAAAAAAUGUGCUCAGCUAAGCCAUCAGUGUGCAAGGGAUGCGGAUGCCAGGCAAGUUGACAAAACUCGGGUUACUACCAAAGGGUUGUAUUCACGACUCGUGGUAGGAACUGAAGCACUAUACACAAUUUCAAAAACAAUUGAGAAGUUAAGAGAUGAAGAGUUGCAGCCCCAACUUCUUGAAUUACUACAAGGGCAGACGCGCAUGUGGAGGGUGCUGCAGGAAGUUCACCAAAUGCAGCAGAAAAUUACCUCUCCAACAGAUGCAAAGCUCCCAGCAAUGUCUCCUCCAAGCGAGUCGCGCGGACAUGCCUUGAUGAACCUCAUCACUGAACUGGGAGUCUUCUACUCCAGUUUGGCAGGCUGGGUUGAUGGUUACAAAAACUAUGUGGGUGGUCUGCACUCCUGGCUGCAGAAAUGUGUGGUGCAACCACGAGACCGAUCAGGGGAAGGAAACCUGACCCUCUCGCCUCGCCAACACCUUGCUCCACCCCUAUUUGUUCUCUUGGGGGAUUUGUCCGCAGGAAUGUCAUCGCUCCCGUCUGAAGAAUCAUGCGACUCCAUCAAGAACCUUGCAGCAGAUCUCAAGAAAAUGUACAAGCACCAGGCAGCAGAACAGAAGAAGGCAGCGAAGAAGAGAUCUUCAGACACUGGGGCAGAGGGUGAAAAAUCGUCAGAGACUGAAUCAGAUAUGGCAACCCUGCAGGGCGGUCUUACCGCAAUGUUCGAUCGACUCUCAAAGCUCUCAGGUGCCAUGGCCAGCCUGGCUGAAAAUGUGAAACGGGAGGCGGAGAUCGCCCGGGAAGCGUACGCCAUCGGUCGCCGCAUAGAGUAAGUUAUAAGAUUAUAUCAGGUCAUGUUCUUGAGUCCAGGUGUCGGUUUAUAGGACAGACAAAGAUAGAAACAGGUUUCUUCGGAGAAAAAGAAUGAUGGUGAUGUUUAGGUAUGGUAUAUACCGUGAACUGUUGUACAUUCCUUUGCCUGGGCAUAGUGUCUUGGGUGUUGUUGAUGGUCGGACCAGUCCUAGCUUCUGUAACCAGACGGUUCUGGGUUAAAGUUUGUUUGUCGAAAGCACCGAUGAUGGCUGUGGCGUUUCGCCAUUG